AUCAGCUGUUCAGAUGUAUUAGAAAAAAGCAGAAGCAAAAAAAUAAUUGAAAAAAAACUGGCAACACAAGCAGAUAAACUCAUUAUAAUACUAUAAUUUUAUUUGGCAUCUUACAAAGUAAAAUGCAACGCAGACGAAAGAAAUAAAUUAAAACUAUUUGCGGAUAGAUAGAAGGAGAAUAGUGAAAUAGUUUAAAAGAGUGACGUUGAAUUGGAAGGAAGCACUCACUGCAAGCAUACAUAAUUCAUGGGAAAAAACAAAGAAUAAAAUUCUUUGAAUCCACAACAACACAAAAAGAUAAGAAAUUGUGGACAUCUGAGUUUGUAUACUUUGUACAAAACCACUGGCGAUAAAUCAAAACAUAAACAAGCAAAAUAAAAAAGUUCAAGGAACCCUAGACAGCAGCAUAAGGGGAUUCCUUGCAUACAGCGUAACCAUAACGUUGCUCCCAUUUCUAGCCUUGGAAAACAUUUUGGCAUUGUGGAAGUCAUCAUCAGCUUGGCAGUCAUUGGAACAGUCACUCGGCCAGUAUGAGAGGCAUUGAAGGCAAAGUUGUUAUUUUGGGGUCCAAAGGUGUUGGCAAAUCAUGUCUCGUAACCAAAUACAUAAAAAAUACUCUACACAAAGAUGUUGAGCAUGUCAGCGCAGCUUCAUUUUUUACCUGUAAAGUUGUAUUGGAAGAUGCCAGAGUCAAAUUACAAAUCUGGGAUACUGCCGGCCAGGAACGCUACAAAGCUGUUGCUCCCAUGUAUUACCGCAAUGCUAAUGCUGCUAUUCUAGUUUUUGACUUAUCACAGUAUCGAACAUUCACAGAAAUCAAAUCAUGGAUACAAGAAUUGCAUCGCAAUGUUCAAGACCCGCUCAUCCUUACCUUGGUUGGUAAUAAACUGGACUUGCAAGCCUCGCGGGCGGUUUCACGAGAGGAGGCCGUGCUUUUUGCCAACUCCAUAGGAGCCACGUACUUUGAGACCUCAGCAGAGACCGAUCAGGGUUUGGAGCAAGUAUUUCUCAGCACAGCCUUGGGAUUGCUGCGUUUGGCACGUGAGGGAAAAUGUCGUUCAUUGCGUCAAUUCGAUUCUUGCGAUUCCAUAUCCACAUACACCAACAACAACACAGCCUUUAAUUAUUCCACCCAGGCCAUAAGUAAUCGUUAUGUUUAUGACAAUGGCAACAUUAUAUACUUGCCUUCGGUGCCCAUGGGUAUACCGGUGGAUGGGGAGGAUGUCAAGGCCACUGCCGAGGGUCGCCUGGAAACACCCUCAUGGAGCAUAGAGCACAUAGCUUUGGGUGAGGUGGAACCGGUGAAUUGGUGUUGCUAAACACACGCAAUAUGCCCCGGACAUGAAAGCCAUGGAGGAAAAAAAAAACCGCAAGGUGUUGAAAACAAAUGUGAUUUAUUACUAAAAACAAAACAAAGCAAUUUUAAGCUAAACAACCAACAAACAAACCAAUUAACCAAAAUAAGAGGAUAUUAUUUUGAAUAAGUAACAACAAAAACAACAACAAGAACGCAAGCCACUGCAAAACGGUAUCUGAAAUUUAUUUACAAUGACAACCAAGACGAUGCUUUUGACCAAAAAAAAAAAAAAAAAUACCCAUCGAAUUUCUUCUUCCCCCCAAAAACCAAACCAAACCACUGACUUCUGUAAGGAAAUGUUUUUUGUAAUAUUUUUAUUUCAUACGAAACAGAAGAAAGUUUAGUUUGUAAACACCACCCAACUAUCAUCUCAUCGCAUCUACAAUCACCUCUAACUCUGCGAUAUGUUAUUCGUAUGUACAAACACUAUAUCAUAUUAAGGAACAUGUGACAUGUUUUUGUUUCUUUUUUUUUACGGAAACCUCAUUGUAAUCAUUUCUUAGUUCUUAGAUGCCAGCAUUGACCAAAGGUCAUGGAAAACAUCGAUUUUAAUUAAAUUCUCAAAAGGUUAUGUCUUUUUUUUCUAUAUUUAUGAUACAUUAACAUAGCUAACUGUGCACAGGAAUAUAUGUCAGUUUCGCAAGAUAAUUCUUUCGAUUGAAUAAAAGAAGUUCAGCUUAUUUCAUGCAUUGGAA